AUGAUUCUUCUAUCAACUCCCAUCUUCAUAAUUGUUCUCACAUUUGCACUUGUUGGGCUGUCCACUGCAUGCUUAAAAUACGUCCCAGAUUUUAAAGAUGACGACUAUUUAGAACUAGCCUGGGAACUAGGUUCAAAAAAGGACUGGAAUCGUAAAAUUCUAACGGAAUGCUCUUGCGGAAUAUCAAAUGAGGCAAAUCAUGCAAACACUUGGGAUGCCUUAAUCCGUGUCGUCGAAAAGAACAAGAAAGAACGCUACUGUGGAGGGACGUUGAUAAAUUCAUUUUUUGUCCUCACUUCUCACUCCUGCCUGAUUCAUGGAAAUCUUAAUCCGAAGGAUUUUUUACAGAAGGAUGGGUCAUUUACGCCGUCCGACGUCACGGUGUGGUUGAAUGUUAAGUCGAACCCUUUCGACGUCACGGAUUACGGGCAGAAUAAACCUCGUGCCGUCCAACAAGUCGUCACCAAUGCAAAGUACAUUGUCAACAAAGUUAUGGAACGAUCUGUAACUGAUAACGUGGCUCUGUUGAAACUAAAGAAUGAAAUAGAUUUCCGAGACCCACAAAGUCCUAAACCAAUUUGCAUCUUCCCCCUGCUAAAACCGGAUCUGGAUAAGUUCCAUUUGAAAGUUAACGUGACGGGGUGGGUCAACAGUUUGCAAGGUCACUGCAACGAUUCACGUGCCUCCAAAUUCUUAUUAGGGAUUGAAAAUGAACACUACAAAGAUUCAACUCUGAAAUGUUUUGAGAAGAGCGGAUUGAUAGAUUUGAAGGAUUUACAAAUUUGCAAAAAAGAGUCGAAGGGAAACGUAAAAGAUGAUCAGUUUUGUACGAGCAAUUUGCAAAUUAACGGAAUGACAAGUGACGGAUGGCCUUUAAUUGUCAAGGCCCAAUCUGGAGAAAUAAUGCAACUAGGAAUUUCAUCGUGGGUUGAUGCCGAAUUUCAGACCGGAAACGAGGCAUCCGCCCAUCGUUUCUUUACUGAUAUUUCAUACAUCGCCCCCUUCACUAAUUAUUACUCCGACAAAGUGGGUGCAACCUGGUGUCAAGAACCGAAGCAUGCACAAAUUAGUCGAUCUCAACUAUCGGACAAAAACAGUCUGCCUUGGGAAGGCUUUACAAGUUCUCAACGGAUACUGCGAAAUGAUUCCUGUGUGUGCGGAGAAAAAAUGUUAUCUCCUGGACGAAUUGCUGGAGGCAGUGAUGCCAAGCCUCAUGAGUUCAAGUGGCAAGUUUUACUUCGGAUGAGAAUAUCUAGCCAUGGAGGUUCGUCCACUGCACUUUGUGGAGGCAGCUUAAUUAAUGACAAAAUGAUCCUCACCGCGGCGCACUGUGUCGUCCUAGACUCACUUAUGUUUGCAAAUAACCCACUGCCUGGUAUUAAACCGGAAGACAUUAAAGCCUAUCUUGGCGCUCAUACGAAAAACGGUCACGAUACGGAUGGGAGAUUGGUGAAAGUAAAGGCAGUAUAUUUUCACCCGUGGUACAUCCCAGCAGCGAAAGAACGUCCACGAAUUUUUGACUGGGACGUCGCCUUACUUGAACUCGAAGACAAAGUGGUUUUCGACAAAGAGAAAGAAAUGCCCAUUUGUCUCCCGACAUCUGAAGAAAUUCCUGACCUUAAUCCGGUCGGAGAGCAGGGCUGGGUUACCGGGUGGGGUUUGACUAAUCCGACGGAUGGUGGUUCUACUGCUACGAUUCUUCAAAAAAUAAAAUUGCCGAUUCAACCGUUGGAAUAUUGCAGCAGAAUUAUUUCUGUAGAAGGUGGAAAACCGAGGGAUCGGGUUCUCUGUGCAGGAACUUUAACACAAUGGCGUGAUUCGGCAGGAGGAGAUUCCGGAGGACCAAUGUCCAUUUUACGAAAUAAUACAUUUCUACAAGUUGGACUCGUGUCAUACGGUCACAAUUCUAAGAAUCAGACUGCCGGAUUUUAUACAGAUCUUAGAAAAGUGAUGUCAUUCAUUGAUUUUUUCUCGGCAAACGCUGCAGCUGAAUGGUGUCCUUCUAAAAUUGGUCAAUCAGUCGAAACUGCAGAAAAAUAAGGGUUCACGAUUAUGCAUGCGAAUUAUAAUCCACUGACAGAACUUAAUAUUCAUUCAGAAAUUUUGUCAAACUCAGAAUGCAUCUAUUAUUUGAAACGUAGAACGAAAUAAAAGCACAACUAAAAAUAA